CCCACCCGGAGGGGCUCCAGCCUCCCCUCAUCCUCCACUCCCCACCACAGGUGCUUCCUCUCUUAAACCCCUGGGCCACAGCAGACACUCUGUGAGGGCUCCUGGGUUCCAGGCUGGUGUGCCACAGGUCAGCCUGUUCUGAGUGAUCUGAAGAGAAUAUCCAGUGCCCAUACACAACUGAUCAGUUUUUUAAUCUCUUGGACUCAGAAUUCUUUAUUACUGAAUAAUGGACGAGGGAGACAGAGAAAACGAGAAUGCUGAUGUACCUGGUAGACCUGAAAGGAGAAAGAAAGAACGGAUCAAGUCCUUCUUUAGUGAACUUCGUGCAAUGAUGAAGAGUCAAGGUUAUCCUACAAAAGGAGACAGAUACAAAGCACCAAUGAAUGAUAUUGCUGUUUCACAGCUUAAAGGAAUCAUAAAAUCAAGUUGGAUGCCACGGUUUCGUAACUAUGAAGAAUUCAAUCAAAUGACCCUACAAUCGUUAGAUGCCUUUAUGGUUAUACUGAGCACAGAUGGACUGAUUAUUUACGUGUCUGAAAAUAUUUCACCUCUUCUUGGCUAUUUGCCCGAAGAGAUUGUGGGCAAAAAAUUAUUACACCUUCUCCACGAUGAAGAGAAGAAUGAAGUCUACCAGAAGAUAGCUCUUAAACUUCCUAUGUCAAACUCUGUAGAAAAACACAUUGAAUUUGGCUGUUAUUUGAAGAGAGGAGAUACUGAACAUGACGCUUAUGAAUAUGCAAAGUUCAUUCUGGAUGUAAAAGAUAUUGCUUUACAAAGUGAGCCUUUUGCAUUAUUUGCUGCCCACAUUCCCACCAGCUACUACGAUGCACCAACUAACUCGACUCUUCCUUGGGAGGAUCGGAUUUAUCUUGUGGGAAUGAUUUGUAUUAUCAGGAAUAAGAUUCUAAAGGAGCUUUAUGAUAACAGAUACUUCAACAGAGAAGUUCUACUUACUCAAGAUUCAGAAGGCGAACAUGCUCCUUGGAACACCAGGAGUGCCCAAGGCCAAAGAAGAGGUUCUAGAUUUCAAACCCUGCGUGACAAAGCUGCUGCAUCAAAUGAUGAAACUGGUUUGGUAGCAGUCCAGCAGUAUGGAUCACAAGAAGUUGAAGUGAUUAAGAUAGAGUCUGACUCUUCUUACGACUCCAAAACAUCUUCUGAUUCUCCUGCCCAAUCCUGGCAGAGCUUUGGAUACGAAUCUGAAGUGGAUCCGGAGAAGCUGAAGGAUCCAGUGGACCUGGAAUAUUCUGUGAGCCUGGAAGAGGCAGGAGACUUGGAUAAUUCAGUGGAUACCGAGAACCUGAACAACACAGUGGAAACAGUGGCACCGGAAGUGAAGGAGAACUCAGCAGGCCAGAGUGAACCAGAAUACGUUGAUGACUCAGCAGAUUCCGAGAUCCCAGUGGUGCAGGAGGUGCUGUCCGUUGAUGACUCAGCAGAUUCCGAGAUCCCAGUGGUGCAGGAGGUGCUGUCCGCCGCCACUGUAUUCGCUGGCAGCAGUGCUCAGCCAGUGUCGUUGCCAAUGGUGUCCUAUACUAAUGGCCAUGAACUUCACCUGAUGAAGACGUUUAAGGAGCAGCUGGAAGACAGAACUCGAGUGCUGCAAGCUGACAUUACAAGCAAACAGGAUGCUCUGGACAUGAUGAAGGAACAGCUUCAGACAUUGCAGGAUUCUACGUAUCAGAUGCAAUCAACCACUUUUGUUGUCAGUCCUGAAUCCAAAACCCAGUGUACUGCUCAGAUGAAGAGGUCCUUCUCAGAUGUCCAGGAGGCCAAACGUUUCUGUGGCCCAUCUCGCUCUUUGACAUCUACUAAUAUGUUUGACGACCAUACCAUUACUUCCAACCAGCGGUACUUACAGGAGCAGGAACAAUACCUGCAGGGGCAGCUGCUGCUGCUGCAGCAGCAGAUGCAACAGCUGCAGGAGCAGAAGCAACAACAAUUGCUGCAGAAACAGUUGCUACCGGAGCAGUCACAGCAUCAUAGUAACGCUGUAGGGAAUCAUAUGAUGCAGCUCUGUCUGCCAAGCCAAACCUUACCCUUCUACAAUAAGCAGGUUACGUAUGUGCAGACCCGACCCUUCUUGGUUCCUUUACGGAUAGUAACUGAGCAGAAGUCCCCUGACUAUUAUCAAGAUGGAGACUCGAAGCCACAGCAAAAUGAAAGUUCUGAAUCAGAUAUGGACAUUCUGGAGACCCCACAAGAUUUCAUCAAACUCUGGCCACAGCCAGCUGAGCCACAACAUCAUGUUUUCUUUGACAUGAAUCCUUGGACCUCCAAUGAGCAGUCUAACAUCCAAGGCCAACCCAUGUGGCACGAGCAGGUGCAAGUUGCUAAUCCAAGAACCCAGCAGCCUCCUACUGCAGAGGCUUCCCAGGCACCUGCCGCAGACCCAAGGUCCUCCCCUGCUGUGUAUCAGCAGAAGCAGUACUUCCGUCCCAAGCCAUGAACAGAAGACGGAGGUGGGGACAGACCAAUGAGGUCUGCAUGUCCAGGGGACCUACAGUGUGAACAGAGUCCCUUGGAUUGGGUUUUGGGCGGGGUGGGCAUUUACUUUUCUUUACUGACAUACUUUGUUUGUUAAGCAUAGCCUGUUUUUUUUUUUAAUCAUGAUGCAGAAAUAGCCUAUAAUCCCUCUGGCUGCACGUUCCAGCUGUGCAUACACACGUACCACCAUGGGCAGAUAGGAUACAGCACGUCUGUUCAAAUUAGAAUGCUUUUUCCCUGCCCCCCCAAAAAAACCACCAGAGUGGAUUGCAAUCUACUAAGAAGUUGUUUUAGCUGCAACAAUUCUGAGAUUCUGAGGCCUUGGCCUUUUGAUCAAACCUGGUCUCUCUUCUCUAGUCCUGGAGAAACUCCCAGGGAAUGGAAUUCCGACUGUGGGUACACAAAAUCUGCAACACAGGCACUCCUACAGGCACUAAAGUGAUUACAGCCUUAUUGCUUAAUAAACAUUUUCUUGCAAUACAA